GGCGAACACAAUUUUGAUUGGUCACUUGAGUCACAUGGUUUAUCCGCCAUUGCGUACCCACGCUGGGCGAGGAAGAGGGUGGAGUGCUCUGUGCUGAUGCUGACAGCUGAACAGUAGGUUAAGGGAAUGUAUCAAAUUAUAAGUUGAAAUGGGUCGUACCUGUAAAGUAGAGGGUUGCAAUGUUCGGGAAGGUCAGGGAAAGAAGCUCUUUCGCUUUCCUAAAGAUCCUGAGAGGCGUGCUGUUUGGGUGUCGAGAACUGGGCGGAGAUUUUGGCAACCUAAAGCUUCUAGCUGCGUUUGUGAGGAUCAUUUUGAUAUAACACAAUGGGAAACAGUGCGUGAAGAUGGAUCCAAAGUCUUACGGCAUUGUGCAAUACCUUUACCUGUAGAAAAUAAUGAAAAUAUCUGUUUGAUAACACAUGAUCAUGGGUACGCUGUCAGCGCAUGUCAACGUCAUCCCUUUCGAGACCUCACCACACAAGUGAACCGCUUACCUCAUGACCAUGGUUAUGCCUCAAUUCAGUCAUCAAAAUCCAUCCUAGUUGCAGAAAGCCAAGUGAUAGCCAGACCAAGCAACAUUGCAGUAGAAAGUAUACCACAUCACGUUGUAAAUCAGGAUCUCACCUCUUCUCUUUCUCAUAACAUCUCUGUUAUGUUCAAUGUUAUGGAUUAUUCAAAAGAAAUUGACCAUGAAUCCUCCUCUGGAUUUUCUACUGUAAACUGUAAUAGUGAUGAUCUCGAGCCACUAUCUAUUUUAGCUGACGUCUGUGCUGCCUCUGAACCGAUUCUAUCCAUUAAAAAGUCUAAGUCAUCAAUGAUUCAAGAAUUACACGAUCAGCUAAAAAAACAAAAGGAAGAAAUAGAAGUCUUACAACAUAAUAAUAAGCUUCUGAAUAUUAUAACACAAAAGGUGACAAAGAAAUUUAAUACUCUAAAGUCUACUUACAACAAAUGCAGGCUUAGAUUCUUGCGAGAACAAAGCAAAGCAAAGUUCCCUCUAAUCUUAAAAUCAAGACUACGUGCUGAUCAGAUUGAAGCUUUGAGAAGAAAGUCCAAUCGUGGUUUUAAGUGGAGUUCAGAAAGUAUUAAGGACGCUCUUAUGUUCAAGACAAUGUGGGGUACUACAAGUUUUACUAAUUUUGUGAAUUAUCUACCUAUCUUUCCAUCAGCGAGAACCUUGCAAAGAGCAGUUGAACACAUUCAGUUUGAAAGUGGUAUUUUAGAUGAAGUCUUUAACAUGCUUAAACCCGCACUGGAUUAA